GAGGCGGCAGCAGAGAAGACGGGAAAAUGUCGCUUGCCUCGACGAGGACCGUUCUAGGAUCAGUGACCGUUUGAGCGAGAAAGCCGGAAGCAUCUGCUGUUACCCAAAGUGAUGAUGAGCCUCCUCAAAGUGUAAAAAGUAAGCAAACAACCACAAGCUACUUAGUACAUGGUCACCUGAUUCAGCGACAAGAUGGAGCAGUCUACGAGGGUGGUGGGCCUGGACGCGCAGGGCAACAUGCUUUUCACCAUGGUGAAGCCGGUCAUGGGAAUAUUUCAGGUGUCCUCAGACCAAACGGUGACCCAGGCGGGGAUGGGUCUCCAGGGUUUACCUGAAAACGCACUGGUCCUGCCUUCUGCACAAGACCAAGUCUCACUGGAGACCGAUCAAAUUGAGAUGCAUGCUAUCCAGCCUCAUCUUCAGCCCCAGAUGGAGGUAUCUGUACCAGUCCAGAUUGAGGAAGCUAUCCAGAGUCAGGGACCACCACAGAACUCCCGCACCACUGCAGAGAUCUCUACACAGCUGCCCUUUGCAGAGGUAUCAUCACUCCUGGAUCCCAACAUGAAAGGAUCCAAGGCUCGGAAACAUCUCAUCUCCUACGAGGAGAUCAAGCGCCGUUUGCAGGCUCCGGAGAAGAUGUCCCUGCGCUCGUUGGCUGCCUACACGCGAGUGAGCCGAGGCCCGGCUAGCAAGAAGACACUACUGGAGUCCCUGAGCGUCCUCGGCCUCACACCCGGCACGACUACCUCUGUUUCCUCAUCCUUCUCCAAACUCACUGAAGGUGACACCAGAGCAUUGUGCGACGAUAUGAAGGACUUCUCGCAUGACUACAUCGACUAUGGCAACAUGGCGAAACAGCUUAUCCCUGACACAAACACAGUCCAACACUGGUCCAAAAUCAUUGAGACAAAGAAUCACCUAGAGGACAUGCGGAAAUGUUUCAAAAACCCAGCCAACAGCGGCGCCUUCGACAGCGCGACGCACGGCCUUGGUCUGGGAAUGCUAGACGUGGCUCUGGACAUGAUCAUCACGGCGAUCGAGCAGCAGAUUCGCAUCCUGUCGGGCGCCGCUGCCGCAGACCCUCCCGAGUCCGCGGUGAUGACGCGCCGCAUCCGCCGGCGACAACGCCGGUGUUACAAAGCGUCCCUUGGCGUCAAGGAGCAAGGGAAGGCCAUCUCUAAAGGCAAGGGGCGAAGCAGAGGGAAAAAGGUCUACCAGGAAAAUACAGCGGAAGUCGAACCCUGCAAGACCGAUGAUGUUCAGGGCAACAUGCUAACUCUGGUGUCUGUGGGAUAUGAGACUGUUUCCACUGGUCUUAGCGGUUCCAGACCAGCUUGAGAUGACACCGUGUUUGGUUUUACCAGAUAAUACUCAGGAAGGACCAAAAAGAUUAAAGACACACGUGACGUUAGUAGCAAUGUGCAAAUGUCUGUUGAUGUAACAGUAGCCUAUUUUAUGCUGUCCUUUUUUUAAAAAAAAAAAAAUUAUUUUAUUUUUUAUUUUUUUGCAACUUUCGGCUUCUCCCAUCCUGACACAAUCCACACAUUUUUUCAUCCGGGGCUUCAGUGCAGCAGUGGCUGGGUAUUUGGGCACUGGCAGGGAGUCUAACCUGACCAGUCUGCAAUAAUGGCAGCAGCAAGUACUAAUACACUACCUGUGCACUGUCAUGUUUCUAUGGUACCAAUUCGAAAUGGGGUGUUGAAGUCAACUUUCAAAUAUACCGGGUGAUUGAAAAGUAACUCCCUAUUUUUAAGUACUGGUAAUUUAUUUCUGAACUGUAAUUCUUAACAAGAAAUGAACAAGAGAAGAAAGUGUAUUGCAUGGAGUUUUAUUGAAAAUACGAUAUGGGCGCCAGCAUCAGCCACCAGGUUUCUCAAGCCGCCUGGGAACCGCAUUAACUGAUUUCACAAGGAACUCUUGUGGGAUGCAAGACAUAACUUCUCGUAUUCCCCCUUCAAGUUCUUCCAAAGUCGUUGGUUUGGUAGAAUAGACUUGCUCCUUUAAUCAUGGAACAUACACAAAAAAUUGAGAAAAAUAUUACAACAUAUGAAUAAAUUAUAAGUAUUUUAAAAUAGGGAGUUACUUUUCAAUCACCCUGUAGGAGUAGUAUCAGAACCCAGGACCGAGGCGUCAAGUUUUUACACACAAGACUCACUUCUCCAGUCCUGACGUGUCGAAAGCAGUUUUUGCUUUCCGACCAAACGCUGAUGUCCCGCCAAUUUUACGGAAUCUCUGUUUGAAAGGGCCUAAUGUCGGGCCUAAUGUUUAGUGUAUGUGUGACUGGAUGAACAUAAGAGCAAAGCACAUCUUUCAAAUUUACCAAUUUGUAUUUAUGUUCAAAUCAAGGUAUUUCUCUCUCUGUAUGACACAAGAACCUCAAGAGUUGGUAGCAAAUCAUA